AAUAAACUUUGUGAUAUUAUUUCAGAUACAAUAGAAAUACUCAUACUUAACGGUAAGUGUCUUGACUUGAUUGAUUUACCACUAGAAGAGCCUCAUGCUAACACUCCACCUCAGUUGAAAAUGAAACUGAGUUCGGGAGACAUGUACGAACCCUACAACCCACCAAAGAAAAACACCAAUAGUAACAAUGGCAGGAGAUAUUGGCUACUGAACGACACUCCCAAUGAUGCACCACAUUUAAAAGCCGGCGUCUAUGAAGACGAAAAGGACGCUAACCUGAAGAAUAAAAUAUCGACACUGGUACAACAGACGAUGCAUGACACGGAGAGAAAAAUGAAACUGGUUCAGCAGCUGAAAGAAAAACAUAGAGAUGAAUCGCCUUACAGAGCAGGGUUUGUCUUGAGUUUAAUAAAGAAGUCUAGGGACGUCUUAAACGAGCUCUUUAACGUGGCUAUCAAACACAGGGACGAAUGGAAAGCUCUAGAACAAUUGAAGAUCUUCGAACUGCUUGUGCACACGAACGUUGAUACCACGAACCUCCUAAGACAGCUGGUGGAUAUACAUUUAAAUUACUUGAAUGCGACGUCCGGUAACACGGAAAAGGACAAGAAAAAAGUUAUUUUAUUGUAGAUUAGGUUAAUUUGUUUUCUAUAAGGUCGAUAUUAAAUGGUAAGAUAAUAUUAAUAACUAGUUUUUCGUCUAAGCUUAUUUUUUUUUUAUUUCACGAAAAUGUUUACGCUAUGUAUCCUAAUUUAUGUCAAAAUCAAAAUAAUCU